AUGGACAACAGCAAAAGUGAGCCUGCUGAGACAUCUACUAACACAAAGACAUCCCUGGAGCUCUUAUUGGAAAACCUGCACUUGGACCAAGACUACAGAGAGAAGCUAUCACUCAGCAAAAUACUUGAGAUUAAUGAGAAGGUGAUUUCUGAUGAACCUGCCAAGUGUGAAUCAGACCUUCCAUGGUUUUGUCUAAAGAAAUUAAUGAUGGUUAAUUUGACAGCUAGAAAUGUGAAAUGUAUAUCACUAAACACAGCUGACAUGCUAAACCCCCUCGACAUAAUCACUGCUCUCUUUCUGUGUUCUGAUGGUUUUGUACAACAGGAAAUGGCACUAAAAAUGUCCAUGUGUCAGUUCUCUGUUCCUCUGCUGCUUCCAAAUUGUGACACAAAUCAGUGCACACUCAUGCUGUGGGCCAUGAGAGACAUUGUUAAAAAGUACAGACCUCAGUCUCUGUCAGAAUCCAAGAGCUUCAUUGAAGACAGAAUCGUUCUCUCUGAACUUCCAAUGAUCUCUUUUGUCAGACUGGGUGAGUGCUCUUUGUCCAAGUCAGAGAUUCUCAAUAAGCUUCUGAGCAAUUCUCAGCAGUACCAUGACACCUUUGUUCAUCACAACAUGGAGUGUGGUGACAGUCCAAGAAGAAUAUCAAAUGGACUGAUUGAAAUUGCUUGGUAUCUUCCAUGUGGAAACAAAAACAUUGAUAUUUUCAGUCAGCCAGUGGCUGUAGCUAACCUUCGUGGGGACAUUGCUUCAUUUGUGACACAAUACUCCUUUCUGUGUCAGACAUCUGCAGCAGUUUUUCUGAUCUUUGACCAUUUGGACUGUGAAAGCAGUUUACUUAACAGUCACAGGGGACAGAUCUUCCUGGUUGGCAACUAUGAAAGUAAGCGCUUCAACUCAGAAGCAUUAAAAAAAGUAGCAAAAGAGUUGGGCUUGACUAACAACAACAUCAUUAUCAAGACAAAAAAAAAAAAUGACGCAGACUUUAUACAGCUAUUGAGGGAAAAGGUCAGAGAUGUAGUUGAGAACUCAAAUACGAAGAUGUCAAUAGAGCAGAUGGCAGACAUUGCCCAUGAACUGGGAAUCCGGGUUGAUGAAGACUUUCAAGAGUGCCAAACUGCAAAGAAAAAUGCAGAUGCCAUCACUGGAGAAAUACAAGACAUCCUGAAAUACAAAGAAGAUCAGCUUCCACUGCAAGGUGAAAUAUGGAAAGAACUGACCUGCUUAGAGACAGAAGAAUACCGACUUCAAAAGAUUGGGUCUAAGAAUGUAGAAGACUACAAAAGUCAUCUUCGGAUACAGAAGCACGAACUCCGGAAAAAGCAGAACUCUUAUGACAUGUCCACAGCUAUGAUAUACAUCAUAAAUGCAAUAUCAUGCCCGAGGACAGAGAGGUCUUAUUUUCUGAAAUGGAUGCGGAUGAACCUUGACAAGGUGUCCUGUAUAAAGCUCUCUAAACUUAAGGAGAAAUAUAAAGAAAAAUGUAAGAACUCUGAGAACAAAGAGGAGAUCAAGGAAAUUGACCAACAAAUUUCCAACAGCUCACUGGGGACUGAACACUUCUUCCGUGAAAUGGGUCAGAUCUAUGAAGCCUCACUGUCCCUUCCAGAAAAAGAUCCAGCACGUCAACAGCUGCAGCAUCUGCCCAAACUCUGUGCAGAGUUGUUGCUUGAUGGAUUUCCUCUUGAGCUUGUAGAUGGAGAUGCAUCGCACAUCCCUCUCAGAUGGGUGAGUGAUGUUCUCUCUCAGCUCAGUGACUUGGUGUCUCCAAACGGAAAGAUACGUGUAGUCACAGUUCUUGGAGUUCAGGGCACAGGAAAGUCCACUCUCCUUAACACCAUGUUUGGAGUGCAGUUUGCAGUCAGCAGUGGUCGAUGUACUCGAGGUGCCUUUAUGUUGCUCAUCAAAAUCAAUGAAGACAUGAAAAAAGUCCUAAACUGUGACUUCAUGCUGAUCAUUGACACUGAGGGCUUAAAGUCACCAGAACUUGCACAACUAGACAACAGCUAUGAGCACGACAAUGAGCUUGCUACACUUGUUGUGGGGCUGAGUGAUGUCACCAUUGUUAAUGUUGCAAUGGAGAAUUCAACUGAAAUGAAGGACAUCCUACAAAUAGUUGUGCAUGCUUUUCUCAGGAUGAAGGAGGUGGGCAAAAAGCCGAAAUGUGUGUUUGUUCACCAGAAUGUGUCCGAUGUUUCAGCCCAUGAGAUGAACUCACGAGACAGGAAACUGCUCCUGGAACAGUUAAAUGAGAUGACCCAGGCAGCAGCCAAAAUGGAAAAGAAAGAGGAGAACAAGAGCUUCACUGAUGUGAUGGAGUACAGUCCAGACACUGGGAACUGGUACAUUCCUGGACUCUGGAAUGGAAACCCACCAAUGGCACCAGUCAGUGUAGGGUACAGUGAGGCUGUAUAUGAGCUCAAGAAACACAUCAUCCAACUGUUGAGAAACUGUGAGUCAUCUGCUUAUGAUAUAUUAGAGUUUAAAGAGUGGAUGACAAGCAUGUGGACUGCAGUAAAGCAUGAAAACUUCAUCUUCAGCUUCAGAAACAGUCUAGUAGCUGAUGCAUACAUGAGACUCUGCACAGAAUUCAACAAAUGGGAGUGGGAAUUCAAAAAAGAAAUGUACACCUGGGUAACAAACGCAGAAACAAGAAUUUCCAAUUUUGGUAAAGUCGCUGUUGAAACUAACAGAAGAGAAUUUCUGACUUGUUUGAAAAGUGAAGCCUCCACAGUGCUGUCCAAAUGGGAGGCAAAGCUUCAAAAAAAUCUGACAGAGUAUUUCAAGCAAACAGAGAGUCGUGUAGAUUUGGUUGAAAGAUACAGAGAGGAAUUCUCAAACAGUGCAAAGAGCCUACGAAAAGAAAUUGAGAGGUCUGUUAAUAAUCAGCUCACAGCAGCAGCCGAAAUCCGACAAGGAAUGGUGGAACUUGAUAAAAUCAAAGAGAAUUACACAAAAGAGAUUGAAAAAGCAGUUUGUGCACUAAUUGAUGAAUGUCGGGAAAAGAAUGUCCAAAUGGAUGAAACGGAUCUGGACAAAGAGUUUGACAAAAUGUGGAAUGAAACGGUGAAGAAAUUAUCUGUUUCCAAACAAAAUGCCACAAAUGUCUUCACCAGCGUAACUAACUUCCUGAGAAUAAAUCUGUCACACCGGGGGAGUCAUGCAUAUGAGUUGUUAAAUCAAAAGAGUCUGUACAACUGUGGAGAAGAGCCCUUCAAAUAUACAGCUGAAGGACGCUUCAGACGAAUUAAACACAAACUGAACAAGAUGUUCAGCAUUCAAGAUCACAUAAUGGCCGUUCACAAACUGUCUGAAGGCAUCAUAUUUCUUUGCACUCAGUUUGUGAGUGAAAAAGUGAAAAGAAAAAUGAAUUACUCUGACACUUACAUCGAGGAGAUCCUACACAUCAUUGAUGAGAUGCUGCAGAACAAUCAAGAUAUUAACACAGACAUUGAGUUUGAAGUUUCUCUGAAACAGCACAUCUGUGGAUUUGCAGCCAGAGAGUUUCAGAAAAUGCACGAAGAUUUUAUACAAACAAAUGAUCCCUACAGAUGUCUGGAAAAAAACAAGGAAAAGUUUUGUGAUGAUUUCAAAGAUGUGUUCCAUAAACGAGACCAGUGUCAGAAGAAGGCAGAAGAAUUCACCAACAAAUGCUUAAAACCUGCUAUUGAAGACUUUAUCAGUCGUUUCCUGGGUCAGGAUAUCAUUGAUGAAAUGCUGACAUGUGAGCAGUUUAAAACACAAAUGUCCUUCCAGUAUUCAGUUUUACUGGAUUUGCUUUCGCAGGAUGAUUUUCAAAACUAUGUUGACUAUAUAUGGUCAUUUGAUACCUAUGUAUAUAAAAUGAUACGCAAUCAAAUAGUGAAGCACUUCUCAUCUGUAUCAACAUUUAAGUAUGAGGAUAAGCAUCUCCAGUCAUCUAUCACAAGCAUUCAUGAAGCGAUCAAGAAGGCCAAAACUGGAAAGACUAAUGGUUUGAAGGCAUUUAUUGAAGAUAUUUGUAAAGAGCUUGGUAACAAACUGGUCAUUUCCCAGGAUGCUCUUGGUGCUUUCAUGAUCUUGAACAACGCUGACCUUGAACAGUUUGAUGACUAUCUAACAGUGUCUGUGCAAAACAUGACAAAAAAUCUUACAGAGACUUUGAAAAAAACAUGCAUUGAAGCUAAACUGCAACACCUCCAUGUGAUGCCCCAGCUUGAGCUUUCAAGUAAAAUGAUUGGUUGUGGCAAACAGUGUCCAUUCUGCAAAGCUCCUUGUGUUGCAGGAGGGAAAUACCAUACUGAGCAUUUUGCUUCACUGCAUCAGCCUCAGGGUCUGAGUAAAUACACCUGGGACACAACAAAAAAACUUGCCACUGACAUAUGUUCUUCUCUUGUGACCACUAAAAAAUAUUUUAAUUGCAAUGCUACAGAAGGUAAAUGUCAGCCUUACAAGAAUUACAAGAAUUUUUUCCCAAACUGGAAAAUCACUCCAGAUGUGAGCCCUGAGGCAUCAGACUACUGGAAAUAUGUAAUGGCAAAGUACAACAAUGAAUUUGCCAAAUUAUAUGAAGUAGAACCUGCUGAUAUUCCCACAGGUUGGAUUGAGAUAACAAAGGAGCAGGCAAAAGAAAGCCUUAAACAUCCAUUCAAAGCAAAGUGGCUAAUAAAGGCUAAGGCUAAAAGGUCAAAACUGUUAGACAAGGGCAGAGCACUGAACUCUUCCCGCUACCAUCCUAAGCCCAAGAGUGCAUCAGCCCAUUCGUCAGGGCCUCCAAGCCUGUCACAGGUCGUUGCCACCACCAGCUACUUCGCCAUAUCUCCCGCCCUCUGUCCUGCCAUGCCCUCUUAUGUAACCUCCCAGGUGUGUGCAAUUAGUGAUCAGGAGGGGGUGGAGUCUCUCCGGGAUGAGUCGACUCCAGAUGCAGGGGAAAAAGUUCUGUCAGGGAAAACCUUGGCAUGA